UUUCCCAUCUUCCCACAACAGUACAAAAAGUCAAAUUGAACGUACACGUAAAUUGCUCACGACAACUGCGUAUAAAUUAAAUUUAUCAAGUUAAUAUUUCGUUUCUUUAAACUUGUGUAAAAAGUUUUAGUAUGAGUUCGGAUGAGAUUAAGUUGGAGGCUGCCUACGAGCAGUUGAUAGAGGAGGACAUCAAAAGCCAGUUGGAGAAAAAUGGAACCAUGGCGGUUCUCCGCAGCGAAAUGCACGUAAAGGUCCUCCAGAUGAUGCAAGGCCAACUGGGUGUGACCAAGGCCCAAUCACUAACGGGUAGAGUGACCAAACCUUCCGAGGAUCAGAGCCUCAUCAAGCUAAUCAAUCAACUCGUUAUGGAGUUCCUUCAUUGGUUCGGCUACAAACACACCCUGGAAACGUUUCGCAUGGAAACGGGUGAGAUUGUGGCCAAUCGCAAUGAAAUGGAGCAAAGUCUUCUCAUCACACCCGAAUCCAAGGAUCUUCCGCUUCUGGCUCAACUAAUAAUUCGCGAUUCGAAGUUCAAUGUGGAUAAAGUGGAUGCUAAGAAAGUAAUUCAGCUGCCUGAUCCUGUGAGCUCCAUGCCCCAAAGAUGCCGCAAGUUGAAGAAGGAGCUAGAAGCCUUGCGAAAGCAAAAAGAACUCAAACAAGAAGUUAAACUAGUUCAAUACAAUGGAAAACUUAUUAAUAACGAUUCGUUUCGAAAACCUACUGAAGCCAAAAAAGCAAGUCCGUCACCUCGUUUGUUCAAAAAAGAAAAUUCUUGCGCGGUUAGUUCUGAUUCUGAUAUUCUGGAAACGGAUUACAGCGAAGAAGAGUCGGAGGAUAGUGACGCCUAUAAUGACAUACCCGAUAGACAGUUCUUUAUAGACGACUUGCCGCCAGAGGGUAAAUAUGCUCCUGGCCACGGUGAAGAAGAUGAGGAAUAUGAUCGUGAUUUCGGUACCGACAAUAUCCCGAGUUCAUCUAAGAAACCCAUAACAUUAAAGAAAUUAAGAAACCCAUCGAUUGAAAGCUCAGAAUCUGGUGAUAAAGUCAAGUGCCCAAAGAAGGCCAAUGGGAACUCACCGAGAAGAGUCCAAGUUCGAAGCAAAAGUGGUCUUAAAUCCGAUGAUGAUGAAUUGGUUCCGGCUGUCACCAAACCGAAAUGCCCAGAUACCCACAUAGGAAAAAUCGAUUUGGACAGCGAUGGUAGUUUUGAUGAAGAUUGAUCGCAGGAUUUCGAAUAUAAAUU